UUGUUUACCACUCGUUCAAUGAAAGCUUGUCAAACCACCCCGUUUUGCCACCAUGUCAACCAGUAAAAUGAGGGUUUCUAUAACAUUUUCACUGCUUUUAGCAGUGGUAUUUGCGGCAGAACCAAGCUACAAAGUUGGGGUUGGUAUAUCAGACAUUACUGGUCCUGCAUUCGAUGUGAAUAUGAUGGGAUAUGCAAGCUUCACCCAGAAUACUUUGGGCAUUCACCUGAGGCUGUUUAGCCGAGCUUUCAUCACCUGCAACCUGAACGACACAACAGUAUGCAAUGUAUUUGUCAGUGCUGACUUUGGAAUGGCUUCUACCGUCAUCAAAAGCGAAGUAGUGAAGAAGCUUCAAGCAGAGUAUGGUGAGCUAUACAAUGAUAAGAAUGUUGCAAUUAGUGGGACACACACCCAUUCAGGACCUGGUGGCUACAUUCAGUACAGUCUGUAUACCAUUACUGCUGGAGGAUUCAAGAGGGCCAGUUUUGAUGCUAUCGUUGAGGGCAUUUUUCAGAGUAUAAAAAAUGCCAACAAUAAUCUACAAGACGGCAACAUCUCCUACAAUAAGGGUGACCUGACGGGUGUAAGUGUCAACAGAAGUCCCACGGCCUACCUGAACAACCCAAAGGAGGAACGGGAUAGGUACAGUGACAAUGUGGACAAAGAGAUGACGAUACUGAAAUUUGAAGACCCGAACGGAGUGGGAUUAGGAGUCAUUUGUUGGUUUGCAGUACAUCCAGUCAGCAUGGAGAACACCAAUAAGCUAAUCAGCAGUGACAACAAGGGUUAUGCCUCUUACCUCUUUGAAAAAGAAAUGAACCCAGGAUCAAUGAUGGGCCAGGGAUCAUUUGUGGCUGCCUUUCCUACAAGCAAUCAUGGUGAUACCACCCCUCAUGUCAAUGGAACAAUCUGUAUAGACACUGGAGAGCUUUGUGAUGAAGAGACCAGCACAUGUAACGGACAGGCUGCUAAUUGCAUUGGGCAAGGACCAGGCAACGACAUGUUUGAGAACACAAAAAUGAUUGGCCAAAGACUUUACUCAAAAGCAAAGGAACUGUACAGUGCUGCAGGAACACAGCUCAGUGGUCCAGUGUCUUUUGUCCAUCAGUAUGUCAACAUGUCUAAUGUUAACGUCACAAAAGGCAAUGACACAUUUACAACCUGUACACCUGCCCUUGGUUAUUCCUUUGCUGCUGGUACAACAGAUGGUCCUGGUAUUGCAGGAUUCACUCAAGGAAUGACGGAAGGCACUUUAUUCUUUGAUGCACUUAUAACAUCGCUCUUCAAUGACUUUGAAGAGACCCAAAGGUGCCAAGAACCCAAACCUGUUCUACUUCCUGCUGGUGACUACAUCAACACAACAGAUAUUGCCCCAGCUCUUGAGCUUCUAGUCAACACAUAUGCUCCCCCGCCAAUGGUUCCUGACAUUGUUGCUACCCAGCUUCUUCAAAUUGGGCAGUUUAUUAUCAUCCCUGUUCCCGGAGAGUUUACAACAAUGGCAGGAAGACGGUUGAUGGAAAUGGUCAAACAGGAAGUUAUGGACAACGGUAUUAGUGAUGCUGUUACUAUGAUUACAGGUCUUUCUAACACCUACACCAACUACGUCACAACAAUUGAAGAAUACAAGAUACAAAGGUAUGAGGGAGCUUCAACAUUGUAUGGCCAAUACACCCUUGAUGCCUACUUACAACAGUACACCAUGUUAGCAGACUAUAUGAUACAGGGUAUAGAAGUAGAGUCUGGACCGGAACCAACCAUCAAGAAUCUUCCUCUGAAUCUUGAUUUUGAAACUGAUGUUGCUCCACCUGGCAAAACAUUUGGGAGUAUUAACAAGAAACCAGACCCCAAAUAUCGACAGGGUUCUUUGAUCGAGGCAUUCUUUUGGUCUACAAAUCCAAAUCGCGGUUCUACAAUAUCGCUUGGAACUGCAUUUCUAUCUGUGGAGAAAUGGGACGGAAAUAAUUGGAUUGACUUCGCCACAGAUGCAGACUGGGAUACCCAGAUCUCCUGGAAGAAAGAAUCUGAGUACGCUCAUGCAACAGUUCAAUGGAUGGUUCCCCUGGAUGCUGAACUUGGCUUAUAUCGCUUAGUACACAACGGCUUUUACAAAACUAGCCUCUUUGCACCUGUUCGCUCAUUCAAGGGUGCCUCAGAAGGGUUUGAAAUAGUCAGUAAAGAUUAUGUAAGGCCCAGAAAAACUAAAUAAAAUAAGGUUAAGUGCUUGUUUUGGAUGUUUUUUUUGUUCUGCGAGAGGGUGCAUCUACCUGGAGAGUUUACUCAGUACAGAAAUGUUUCACUGUUAAAAGUGCUAUGCUUUUUUCCUUUUAAAACGCAGAAGAAAUCUUAGAUUGAAACACUGUGUCUUUAUUUUACUGCACAAAAGCGUGCAAUUUUAGUCAUUAUGUGAUGUUUGAAGCUUUGCACGGUGUAA